AUGUCCGAAUUCUUCCUCAAAAUCAGCCUUGAUGAUUGGAUCAACAAUUCAGAAGAAUUCACCAAGAAAUUGAAAAUUACAUCUGAACGACUGAAACGCUUUCGUAAUGCUUGUUUGGUCGCACUAAUCAUCGGAUCAACAAUUUAUAUCGUAAGUGUUGGUGGAUUAUUGUUUGGUGUAAUUGAAAGUGCCCUCACAGCCCUCGUUGGUGCAGCAGUUGGAUAUAUCUCCAAUGCUAUCGCAAUGUUUUGUGGAUGGCUGUAUACAAAAACGAGCAUCGAUGAAAUCAAACUCAUCGCUCGUGAGAACCAAAAUAAUCUCUUCGAAUUCACAUCAACAUUUCUUCCAUUGUUGGGCUCAUUUGUGUUGUUUAAAGAAUAUUACGAGAAAGAGAAAAAGGAGUAUCGAUUUAUUGAAAAUAUCAAUUCGUUCACAUCGUUUUUCAAUUUAUCCGAUGUUUUCACUGGAACUUCGAACAUCGAGAAUCUGGUGAAAAUUGAAAUUAAUGAGAUUGGCAAUUGUAUUCACAAAUGGUUCUAUUCUAUCACGAAUAGCGUUCCAGAUGUACGGAAAAGCGUGCCGAAGAUUGUUCAAGGACCAAAUCUUAUUUUUGUGCCAACUUGCAAGAAACCUCAAACUUUCUUGAGCAAAAUCAUGUUUGGCGCAAAAAACAUGAUAAAAAUGCUUGUAUUCUAA